AUGACCGUUGACUUUAACCUUAAAAAAGCUCAGGAAUUAAGAGGUUCCACUGCCUUAUAUGCAACCGGGGCUCUUCCGGCGUUUCUUCCUGGAUUACGUAUUUAUAACAACGACGUAGAAGAUGGACAUGAUGAUGUCUCGUCUUCAAUGGAAAAUUUGAAAAGCUCCUUUGAAGAAUGGCGUUCUCUCAAGGAAGAUGACACUUCCUUUGACCCUGCAACUCCUCUUCCUUUGGAAAUUUUCGAAGGCUCCCUUUAUGAUGUAAUUGGAUCUCUCGAUCAAGAGGUCUUCCAGAAAAAUGCAAUGUCCUUGAAAGAGGAGCAAACGUCGUCUACCAUUUUGCAUUCUCCCCCAUGCUCGCUUUCAGAACGAAUUUUAAUGCUACUUGACCGCCUACAAUACCAAGUAGCUUUAAAACCCCAUCAUCAUCAUCAUCAUUUAUCUCCAGUUUUUAGGGAUCAGGUCACGUUUUGGAAGAAUGCAAUCAGCGUUUGGCUGUUCGAUUCAUUGCUGAGCCCAUCAUGGAAAGAGUUUCUGAGUCGGAUUGAGGAUGCGCUGAGUAGCUCCGUGGUAUCCUUUUUCGGAUUAAAAGGGAGCUUUGAAAAACAGGAUGCCCUCCAAGGGGUUAAUAAUGAUGAGGUCCUCAAGACGGCUCCCCCAGCAAAGUCUCGUUUUGAAUAUGUCUCUUCAAACGCUGCUCCCAUCAACAUGCCUUCGAUUUCCACAAAAUUUGAUGAUGAGAAGAGCAAAUUGACAAAGCCCACCGUACUUCCGAAUGGCCCGUCAGUUUCUAACAUCUUCAAGGAUUUUGCCCAGCCCUCCAUAUCUUCAUCAAAUGCAUCGCUUAGUUCGCUGUUGACCGCUGAAACCGGAAAAACAAUCAAUUUUUUUGAAAACAGCGACAAUCUCAGAAAUAUUCCAAAGCCUACAUGUUCUCCCAGAUAUGCUACCCCAGAUGUUCCGAAAAAUCAGUCUAUUGACCCAGAUUGGUAUCUCAAGUGGACAAAAAAUGCAUCUACUGCUUCACUCUCCUCAUCAAUCCCUUCUAGUGGUAUUGAGAAGCUUGAAAGUUUAACAUCUGAAAAAGACAAAAAAUUAACCAGUAAUAGCAAGGAAAAUUUGGCCAAGAGCUUGGGCUUCGAAACUAUUGAAUGA